AUGAGUGAUCUGGAGUCUCCAGGAUCCAGCUGUCUGUCUGUGACAGACACAAAAGAGAACAGUGAUGUUGGUGUGGAGGAGGAGGAGCAGUUGUCCUGCUGUGCUUUGGGUCAGGAUGUCUCAGAGGAUUCAGUCUCUACCAGUUGUGGCAUCUCUGUCCAAACAGAUGUGACCCCGGAAGAGGUUUUAGAAGAAUAUAAGACCAGUCUGAGGAGGAGGUUUGAAAGUGUGACUGAAGAAACUGAUAAUACAGGAAGUGGAACCCUCCCGAACAGGAUCUACACUGAGCUCUACAUCACAGAGGGACAGAAUGAAGAUGUUCAUAACCAACAUGAGGUGAUGCAGCUGGAGACAGCUUCCAAGAUGGAGGCUCUUGAUGACAUUACAGUCAGGUGUCACGACAUCUUUAAAGCCUUACCUGACCAAGAGAGACCCAUCAGAGUGGUUCUGACGAACGGCGUCGCUGGCAUUGGAAAAACCUUCUCAGUGCAGAAGUUCACUGUGGACUGGGCAGAGGGCUUGGAGAACCAAGAUGUCAGUGUGGUGAUUCUGCUUUCAUUCAGGGAGCUGAACCUGAUCAGAGAUGAGCAGUACAGUCUUCUGGAGCUGCUCCAUGUUUUCCAUCCAACAUUACAGAAGGUCACAGCAGAGAAGCUCGCUGUCUCUCAACUUCUGUUCAUCUUUGACGGCCUGGAUGAAAGCAGACUUUCAUUGGAUUUCACCAACAGGAAGCUCGUGUCUGAUGUCACAGAGAAGUCAUCAGUCAGCGAGCUGCUGACAAACCUCAUCGAGGGGAAUCUGCUUCCCUCGGCUCUCGUCUGGAUAACUUCCCGACCUGCAGCAGCCAAUCAGAUCCCUCCUACAUGUGUUGACAGGGUAACAGAAGUACGAGGCUUCACUAACGACCAGAAGGAGGAGUACUUCAGGAGGAGAUUCAGUGAUGAAGAGCUGUCCAGAAUCAUCUCCCACAUGAAGACAUCCAGGAGCCUCCACAUCAUGUGUCAAAUCCCAGUCUUCUGCUGGAUCACUGCUACAGUUCUGGAGCACAUGUUGACUAAAGAGCAGAGUGAGGAGCUGCCCAAGACACUGACUGACAUGUACUCACACUUCUUGUUGGUUCAGAUGAAGAAGGGGAACAAACAUGUGGGGGGACAUGAAACAAGUGAGAUGGCUGAAAGGAAAUUUCUUCUGAAUCUGGGGAGGCUGGCAUUUGAACAUCUGGAAAAAGGAAACACCUUCUUCUACCAAGAAGACCUAGAUCAGUGUGGUCUGGAUGCUACUGAGGCCUUGUUGCACACAGAAGUUUAUAAGGAGAUCUUUAAAAGAGAGCAAGGUAUCUUACAGAAACCAGUCUACUGCUUUAUUCAUCAGAGUAUUCAGGAGUUUCUGGCUGCAGUCUAUAUUUUCCACUGUUGCAACAACAGGAAGACAGAGGUGCUGGAUGAUUGCAACUCAUCUCUAGAUGUCUUUCUAAGUGGAUUGAUGAAAAAGUUACUCCAAAGUAAAAACACCCACCUGGACAAGUUUGUUCGCUUCCUUCAUGGCCUCACUCUGGAGUCCAACCAGAGACUCUUAGGAGAUCUGCUUGGUCAGACAGAGAACGGUCCAGAAAUUAUUCAGAGAGUCAUCAAUAAUCUGAAAGAGAUAAACCUAUUUGGACAGCCUCCUGCCAGAAGCAUCAACAUCUUCCACUGUCUGAUGGAGAUGAAGGACUUCUCAAUAUUUCAGCAAAUCCACAAGAAGCAACUUUCUUUGAUGAACUGUUCAGAUCUGACCUACAUGUUGCAGAUGUCCGAUAAUGUUCUAGAAGAGUUAGACUUGAAGAAAUAUAACACAACAGAGAUUGGUCGGCAGAGUCUGAUUCCAGCUGUGAGGAACUGCAAAAAUGCUCGACUUGCUGCCUGUGGACUGUCUAAGAUGCACUGUGAAAUUGUGGCCUCAGCGCUGAAGUCCAGUCCUUCAAAUCUAAUAGAGUUGGACCUGAGUGGAAACAACUUGCGUGAUUCAGGCGUGAAGCAGCUAUUUUCUUCACUGGAAAGUCCAAACUGUAGACUGGAGACUCUGAGAUUGAGUUGCUGCAAUUUGACAGAUGUAAGCUGCGAUGCUCUCAGCUCAGCUCUAACAUCCUACCCUUCUCGUCUGAAACAUCUGGACCUAGGUGGAAAUAAACUGCAUGAUUCAGGAGUAAGCCAUCUGUUGUGUUUUCUGAAGAACCCACAGUGUAAACUGGAGACUCUAAGAUUGGAUGACUGUGGUUUGUCAGAGAUAAGCUGUGCUUCUCUGGUCGCAGCUAUUAAGUCAAACCCUUCCCAUCUGAAACAUCUGGACCUGAGUUUCAUCAACAUGAAGGAUUCAGGAAUGAAGAAGCUGUGUGAUUUUCUGGAGAGUCCAGGUUGCAGACUGGAGACUCUAAGUUUGAGGGGCCACUAUUUGUCAUCAAUCAGCUGCGCUUCUCUGGGCUCAGCUCUGAGGUCCAACCCCUCCAACCUGAAACAUCUGGACCUGAGCUCCAACUACAACCCAGAGGGUGCACUAGUGAAGGAGCUAUGCGGUUUUCUGGAGAAUCAAAAGUGUAAAUUGGAGACUCUCAGAGUGAUGGACUGCAGCUUGUCAGAGGAAAGCUGCAUUUCUCUGGUCUCAGCUCUGAAGUCCAACCCCUCCCAUCUGAAACAUCUGGACCUGAGUGAGAACCAACUGCAGGAUAAAGGGUUUCAGCAGCUGUGUAAUUACCUGGAGAAUCCAAACUGUGAACUAGAGACUCUGAGACUAAAGGGCUGCCAUUUAUCAAUAAAUGGCGGUUCUUCUUUGGUUUCAGCUCUGAAGGCCAACCCAUCUCAUCUGAAACAUCUGAAUCUGAGUGAAAACAACCUGGAAGAUGCAGUUGUGAACCAGCUGUUUGAUUUUGUGGAGAGUCCACACUAUAAAUUGGAAACUCUUACAGUUGUGAGUGAUCAUGAUGAUGUGGGUCCUGAGAGAGAAUGA